AUGGCAACUGGCGCUGUGGAGGUGUUCGGGCUCCCGGAGGACGAGGAAAAUUCCCGAAUUGUGAGGGUAAAAGUUAUAGCUGGAAUAGGCCUUGCCAAAAAGGAUAUCUUGGGAGCUAGUGAUCCUUACGUGCGAGUGACGUUAUAUGACCCAAUGAAUGGAGUUUUUACAAGUGUGCAAACAAAAACCCUUAAAAAGACUUUGAAUCCAAAAUGGAAUGAAGAAAUAUUAUUCAGAGUUCAUCCUCAGCAACACCGGCUUCUAUUUGAAGUGUUUGAUGAAAAUCGAUUGCUGCUUCUAGCCUGUCUACCGACAGAGAUCUUUGUUAUGACUCUCAGCCCUUAA